GUUGGGGUUUGCUUUCCUUCCAGUUUGUGUCUGUUCUAGCUGGUUGUUGGGCGGUGGGUGGGAACCAGGGCUGAGUGGCCUUGUUGGUUGCAGUGAUGCGGACCCAGGGUAGCCUGCGGCUGAUCCUCAACACCAAGCUGUGGGCUCAGAUGCAGAUUGACAAGGCCAGUGAGAAGAGCAUUCGCAUCACAGCCAUGGAUACCGAGGACCAGGGCGUGAAGGUCUUCCUGAUCUCGGCCAGCUCCAAGGACACGGGCCAGCUAUAUGCCGCCCUGCACCACCGCAUCCUGGCCCUGCGCAGCCGCGUGGAGCAGGAACAGGAGACCAGAACACCUGCCCCCGAGCCUGGUGUGGCCCCAUCCAAUGAAGAUGACAGUGACGAUGACGACGUCCUAGCUCCGUCAGGGGCCACAGGAGGCGGCGCUGACAACGAAGGGGACGGGCAGACAGCUGGGAGCACAUAGCGCCGGGAGCUGGCCACCCAGGAGCCUGCUGCUUUGUCCGUCUGUCCACCCACCCGCCCGCCCCUCUCCGGC